GCGUUCAAACCUACUGAAGCACCCAGAGAAGCACCCAGAGCUGCCGAGACGCAAGACGGUCGCUAUGGUUUCUUGCGCGAGUAUGACACCGUGUUCCUCAUAGAUGAUUCCGGCUCGAUGCUUGGAAACGGCUGGAGCGAAGCUGAGAGAGCUCUCAAGGCAAUCGCCCCCACGUGCGCCGAGUACGACUCGGAUGGCAUCGACAUUGAGUUCUUGAACCACCCACAACAUUACUCGAAGAUCACCAACCCCGAGGAAAUCGAGCGGAUCUUCCAGCAAGUGACGCCAACGGCCCGCACUCCGACUGGCCGACGCCUUCGCGAUCUCUUCCACAACUAUGAGGAGAGAUAUGUCUCUGCCGGAUCCUGGGAUGACGUCAAGCCGCAGAACAUCAUCGUCAUCACAGAUGGUGGUGCGACAGAUAGCAGCGACACUCGCCUCGAAGUAGUCAUCCAGGACUUUGCCAAGAAGCUGGACAAAUGGGAUGCUCACGCGACUCAGCUCGGUGUCCAGUUCUUCCAGAUUGGCGACUUCCCGGAUGCUACAGAGAUGCUGCAAAGGCUCGAUGAUCACCUCUGGGGCCGCGACAUUGUCGAUACGGUCAAGUACACUGGCCGACCGCUCGACUCCAGCCAGAUCUUGAAGGUCGUGGGCGGUGCUGUUUCCAAGAAGCUCGAU